AAGAAAGGAAAAAAAAGGAAAAAAAAAAAAAGAAGAAAAAGCCCAAAAAGUCCCGCUCUUCCUCUGUUCCAUUCUAUUUCAUUCCAUUCCCCUUCUCUCAAAGGCUUCGAGCUCUCCUUCUCUUCUCUUCCCUUCCUCGGAAGAGAGAUUCGAUUUUUUUUAUUUUUUAAUUUUUAAUUUUGAUUGUCAGUUUGUUUUUUGUUUUUUUUUUUUUUUGUAAUUCCAAGUUUUAAUGAAUUAUCAUUAAAGAUUUAAAGAUGACAUCCUCCUUCUCCUCUUCCUCAGUUAUAAUCACGAUCUCCCCUUCGCCUUCCUUGAAUUCCUUGCUAGCUUACGAAGCUGCCAUGGUGAGGCGGAAAGUCCGUACGACUUUCUUCCUCAUCUCCACCGCCCUCUUCGCCUUCUUCUACCUCCUCCUCCACCUCCGCCUCUCCCCCUUCCUCGCCGCCAACGCCUCCUCCUCCUCCUCCUCCUCUUCAUCCGCCCUUGACAUCGAUACCGACCUCGGCCAGGGCCUCCGCCACCUCAACCUCCCCCGCAGCUUCCACGACUCCGCCGACCUCCAACACUUCGUGGUCUCCGAGCCUGAGCCCAACCGCACCCGCGUUACCUCCUCCAUCUCCGAAGAUGCGGCUGUCGAGGAGCCUAAAGCCGAGGAGCCUAAGGUCGAGGAGCCAGUCGCCAUCCUCUUCCCCGAUUGGGAGGUGUUCGUGGUGGCUGAUCCUUCGUCCGUCAGCCCCGGGGACGAGCUCCACUGCGUGUUCCAGAACAAUGCCACCUCCCCCGCGAGGUUCGCCGGAGUUCUUCCAUUUACCAAUCGGACGACUUUCCGCUGCCUCCUGCCGCCCAGCGUCCGCCGCCUCCGUCCGUUCUACCAGCCCCUGCUGACGAGUUUCCCGCGCGGUCCGCACCCGGUAAGGUCCCACAGUCCGCCGCCGGAGCUCUUCCGGUGGAACUUCCUCGCGUACGAGUCGUUCUCCACGGAGGAUGACGUCGUCCUCUUCGUCAAGGGGGUGAACAACCGGCAGGGAAUCAACCGCCCCCCCUCGGAGUUCAGCUGCGUCUUCUUCAACGGCGAAGAUCCGUCCGCCGCCGUCAAGACGCCGGUCACGAGCUCCAUCCAGGAGGUGUUCCGGUGCCCUCACCCGAAGCUGAGGUCGCCCGCGGAAGGAGUGGACGGCGAGAAGCUUGCGUUUAAAAUCUCCCUCGAAAUCGCGCGCGAGAAGCUUGUCGUGCCUUCCGUCGCGUACUACGCGCCACACCGAGCGUCGUCCCCACGUGCCUCCAAGUCGUUAAUCUGCGCCUGCACCAUGGUGUACAACGUGGCGAAGUUCCUGCGGGAGUGGGUGACUUACCACGCGCGCGUGGGAGUUGAGCGGUUCGUUCUGUACGACAAUGGCAGCGAAGACGACCUGGCCGGCGCCGUCGAGGAGCUGAACAAGGACGGCUACGACGUCCAUACUAUUAUGUGGCCGUGGCCGAAGACACAGGAGGCCGGCUUCUCCCACAGUGCUGUAUACCAUAACGAUUCGUGCUCGUGGAUGAUGUACGUGGACGUCGACGAGUUCGUAUACGUGCCGUCGUGGGACAGCCAAGAGCAGCCGUCCAAUAAGCUGAUCGAGUCGUCCCUCCUUCCCCAGGACUCGCAUGGGAUCAGGUCUCGGGUGAUCGGGCAGGUCUCCAUCAACUGCAAUGAGUUCGGGCCUUCGGGACAGAGGUCCAACCCACCCGAUGGGGUGACCCAGGGCUACACAUGCCGAAGGAGAGUCGAGCAGAGGCACAAGUCUAUCGUGAGGCUCAGUGCAGUGGACCUGUCGCUGCUGAACGUGAUACACCACUUCAAGCUGAGGCAAGGGUACCUGUCGAAGCAGAUGGGGCUCAAUAGAGCCUUGGUGAACCAUUAUAAGUACCAGGCGUGGCCCGAGUUCCAGACCAAGUUCAGGAGGAGGGUGUCCGCCUAUGUGGCGGACUGGACCCAGGCCGUCAACCCCAUGUCCAAGGACCGGACGCCAGGACUCGGGUUCGAGCCCAUCGAGCCCAAGGACUGGGCUGAUAAGUUCUGCGAGGUCAGGGACAAGAGACUCAAGCUACUCAUUCAGAAAUGGUUUGGGGCAGAAACGGAAUCGGGAUACAGAAUGCCAUGGUAGAGACUAACAUGGGGAGACCGAUACCGGAUACGACAUUCGUGUAAAGUCGAUGUCUUAGGAAAAGGCAAUGCGGGAUUAGACACAUUAUGUUUUUUUGGGUGAUUAGGAUUAACGAGAGUGAUAGUUACCCAGGACAGAACAGGAGGAUUCAUAAGUAGAUACUUGAUUGAAUAUGGGAGCAUAUAUGAUAGAUUCGUAUUUUAGUUGGGUAGGUUAUUUCAACUAUCUUCUUGUCCUACUUUUUCUUUUUUUUCCCUUUUUUUUUUCUUUUUUUCAAUUUUAUUAUUUCAAACGGAUUUUUGAGUUUUUAUUUUUCUCAGGUUGGGAAAAGAAGGAAAAAAAAAAAGAAAAAAAGAAAAAGAUGGGUCAUCUUAUUGUUUAUGUGACAUGUUUCCUUCCUCUUUAUUAAGGGAAUUCCGAAUAGGAUGGAAUAACAUC